CCUGACAUGACCUGUUAAAGUUAAAAAUGGAUGAAAUUAUGUAAUUUAUUGUUUCGUUAUUACAAAAUUAAAAGUAUGAUUAUGAUUCGCGAUGAAGAUGAAAGAUGCGGAAAUUAGUAACAUUCAAUUUAACUGAUUGCAAUGAUACGGAGUUCCCAAGUGAUGCUAUUCAAAACUUGAGGCAGGCUGUAAUUGUUCCAAUUGCUUACAAGCCGAAGAUCCAACAAGCUUUGCAAAGAGUCGAUUUUCAAUAUCAUAGAAGUUGUAGUUACUCGAAUCUCUUACGGGAGUGUAAUGUUGGCGAAGGGGAGACCUUGUUGAUGUUCUGGGGCUACGAACGCUCUGACAGCAGGGUUACUAUGAGCAUGUCCGCCUCUAGCUGCUCAUCGUUGCACACGCCGACAAAUACACCGAGCAGCCAGAGAGAUAAGGAACUGCGUUCAACCGCCCAACAGACUGAUAUAAGCUGUCGGUACUCCCCCGGCAUCUCUUCACCAGCGAAUCCGAAUGACACGGAGGAACAGCGUCAGAUGCGUGCACGGAUCGCAGACUCGCUGACGUUCUCUUCUCCCGCGUCAUCUCUGGUGCAACCAGCGGGCCGCUCCAUGUCCAUCCUCAGCUCCGUCUGCGCGUUGCUGCUCAAUAAACAAGGCUCGCAAGCCGCGAAGGAGGUGUCGAGCUUCACGGGCAGCCUCCGCUCGGAUAACAUCUGCCGCAUCUGCUUCGGCGGCGAGUCUGCCGAGCGCCUGGUGCGGCCAUGCUCCUGCCGAGGAACCAUCGCUGCCGUGCACCGCUCCUGUCUGGAGCGCUGGCUGCUGCAGGCUGCCACGUCCUACUGCGAGCUGUGCAGGCAUCACUACAUUGUCACCAGGAGUCACAAAUGGUCAUGGAUGCGGUCGAUGGCGGAGUGGGCGAUGUCGGGACGCGGGCGUGCGCUGGCGGCGGACGUGUGGCGCGCGCUGGCGCUGGGCACGGCCAGCGUGCUCGGCACGGCGCGCGCACUGCACGCCUGUGACGCCGUGCUGCAGGCGGGCGCGCGCAGGGGAGGGGGCGCCGCACUGGCUGCUAAUCUCUUCUCCUCGUUGCUUAUUGGAGUUAUUGGCGCGCUCAACGGCCUGCUGACGACGUGGAUGCUGCUGAAGAUCCAGGAGCACCAGCUGUCGUGGCAGGCGUGGCGUGACAGCACGCUGCACGUGCACGUCACGCUGGCGGACGAGGAGAGCACGCUCACCCCGCACCCCUCCGACGCUACGGUGGUGGGCGACGAAGAUGGUAAUGCCACCGCUGACAGGAGCACUAAUGUCGCUGAUCCUUUUAUGGUUGCACUCCCGUACAAUCUGCCAGACCCAUGAAAUACAUACACGUAUUACGUUACAAAAAAAUCAAGUCUUUAUUUUCGGUUACAUUAAAUUGUUGUCUGGAGGCACGGCGGUGGUCCGCCAAGUUAAUUCAUUUGCAGCAACUAUGACAUUUUCGUUUUUGAGUUUCACGAUUACGACCGGCGCUUGUUUUAUAAUUCUAAUGGGUUUGGUAAUAUUACGGCAUAUCAGAGAUGCGAACCCCAUCACUUAGUAACUCUAAUGUAAGACUACAAGGUGUAACAUCUAAGCCAACAGGUGACUUCCUGAGGUGCGCGUGGCGUCCCCAGGGGCACGGGACCGCCACGCCCGCUUCGUCCUAUAUAAGUCACUGUAGCUCUGAUUUUCAUCAAAUAAAUACUUUUGAAGUUACUUAAUUUAUUUUUUUAAUUUCUUUGAACUUUAUUUUUUGCUUUCUCGUUAUCUAUUUGAAAUAACACUCUUCAAUGCGCACUUUUUAUUUUACCGAUAGCAAUAUUUUGGCCUACUAAAUAUGAUUAUAACGACUUUUGACAAGAAUACGUUGACGACGUCAAGUUGUAAAUUGAUGAAACAAUCGUUAGGUGCUACCGAUCGAGUGAUAUUAGAAAGUGCGCUAUUGUCAGACAGUUGUUUUUUGAGUUUAUUGAACCUUGUGAUAAUCCAUUUAGGAUGAGCCAUUUGGGCAGUAUUAGGCUGGCACUCACUGCUGGCAAACGAUUUCACCAGUAAUCAAGUUAUUAUGAAGAAAAUGAAUUUAGAGUUCAUGUUACUUUAUGUCGAUCGGUACUAUGACGCCGCGGGAUGCCGCAGCCGCAGCACCGUCUGCCUGACCGUGUCGUGUCAGCAGUGAACGCUGGCCCUCAGGGUGUUUACAUAAUAUAAACAAGUUGUAGAUACGUGUAGACAAAUCUGUAUCGUGUCGGCACUGUCGGUACCUAUGUCUUUAGAGAUGUGAGUGAAUUGAAUACUAAACAUCCACAUUAAAAGUAUUAUGCCCGUGCCGAUCGGUACCGACUCGAACAGAUUCCACCAGUAAAGACUUGUUUUUAUGUAAGCACCCUAAGAUAGGUAGUAGGUUAGGUAUAUCAUUGUGGUCACCUCGGUUCACCCUUGUUUGAUCGAACAACGUUUGAUAUAAUAUUACUAACUCAAACAACGUUUCGUAUCAACAAAUCAUCACUUAGUAUAAUAUCGUUUGACAGAAUUUUCAGUUCGUCGAAUAUUUAUUUGCCAUUUGCUAUAACAACAUUUGCGCUAAUGAUCAAAAGGUAUAAUGUUUGAUGUAAUGUUCGGAUGGUGUAUUUUGAACUAGAAAACAGUUAGACUAAUGUUAAAUUAUUUGCAAUUCAAAGUCAAAGUCAAAGUCAAACCAUUUAUUUCAAU